AACCCCCUCUCGCCGGUUCUGGAGGAUGGAGUCCCAGGUGUGUGAAAGGGUGUACGCCCCCUCAUCCCGGUUAAUGGUGUCAAUACCCUGCCCCCCGAUCUUCAUGGACUCCCUCAUCCAUGAAGUCCACAAAGACAAAACAAACUUUUUUAAUGCUUUUAUUAUACUUUGAACUUCCACACAAGGAAAUUUUUUUAAAAUCAUAUUUGUUUUUUAUUCAUUUACUUAUUCUAGAUCGGUAAAUUAAGUCAUUUAAUUUAUAAAUAAAUUUUUAUUUUGGAUUAUUGUGAUAUUCUAACCUUCGUUUUUAACCUUGUCAGUCAUAUUUUGAGUUUUAUUUUGGAAGUCUUAAACAAUGCAGCUCUUGUGAAGUUGCCUGAGCAUCUCACCCUAUGUCCCGCCCACUCCCUGUACAGGAGCUGAUCACGUGUCAUCACUGAGCAGGAAGAAGGUGCACUCUUGAGGCUCAGGAACCACGAUGACAAGCACAAUCAGCUACAACGACUUGAAGGAACUUGUGGGAAAGAGCCCAAAUCUAGUUCUGAUUGAUGUACGAUCCACAGGCGAGGUGGCUAGAGGAUGUAUUCCUGGGUCCAUUAAUAUUCCAAUUGAAAUGAUUGAUUCUGCCCUCUAUGAUGCCCCAGAGCUGGUGUUUACAUGCCAGUCAGGAGGCAGAGCAGCAAGAGCCACCACCAAAGCCCGUUCCCUCGGAUACACAAACGCACGCACUUAUCCAGGCGGAUAUGGCGAGUGGUCUUAUAAAGACGGGAUGUGAUGAAAAUCGUUAUGUUGUGCUUUAUAAUUUAUUUAAAGAGUAAAUUUUCAUGUUUAAGUGAUGAACAAUUUUCAUUUGGUUGGUUUGCAUACAUUGUGUUUUAUGUCUGAAUAAAUAAUAUAACAUUUAAAUAAAUUAUGUGAUUUAUGUUAAAGACUGAGUUUGUUGAGAUUAUUUUAUAGAACUGAGUAUCUAGAGCUUUUGCACAUCAUACACAAGCUUUCUCAUUCAUCUGAUGGACUGAAAGUGUGGCGUAUGAAUGGUCUGUAUUUAUAACAGGCAUUAGCUGACUAAUAUUAAGACACAGAGGAAUUGUGGAACACUCAAAAAGUGUUUGAAGUUUUAAUAUAAUUUUCAGGAUGUACGGUGGACAGUGAGGGUCAUAUUAGUUUCAGCCAGAGCACAUAAACAAACCCGCUUUGUUAUUUCUAAUUAUUUACAGGCCACAUGCCAUGGCCCCAAUUAAUUUAUGCUUCCACACAUCAUCUCAUUUGAUUGUUGGAUAACAUGUUUGGGAAAAAAAAAUCUGCAGAUCAGUUUGAUUUGUUUUAUCAGAAAUCAUCAUGAAUGACUAGAUGUGUUUGUGUAAAAAAGUGACAUUAAUGCAAAUCAACCCACAGUAUAAAAGCAGCAUGACAAAUACAGUCAAAAUAAUUGCAUUAUACCAUUUACAUAGAUAAAACAUUAAAGACAUACACUCUCCAUCAAGCUGAUUUUGAGUGAA